AUGCUCUCUGUGGAAUUGUCGGCCUACUUGGCUCUCAAGGCUCUAGCAUUGGCACUUGUUCCAUACUACAUCGGCUUCGCGCUCUACAAUGUCUUCUUCCACCCGCUGAGGCGCUACCCUGGCCCCCGGCUGAUGGCUGUCAGCCGGCUCCCCAUCGUGUUCGGGGUCAUGACGGGCCACUCGACGGGGUGGAUCAACCAGAUGCAUGCAAAGUACGGGCCAGUGGUGCGCGUCGCCCCGGACGAGCUGAGCUACGCCAGCGCCAGCGCCUGGAAGGACAUCUACGGCAGCCAUCCCGCGCGCCCGGGGGGCAUGCCGCGCGAUAUGACCUUUUUCCGGUCGGUGGAAGACCAGAACGGGAUCCAUUCGAUCCUCUCGGCCAACAAUGAAGACCACGCGCGCAUGCGGCGCCUGUACGCGCAGGCAUUGUCCAAGCGGGCGCUGGCCCAGCAAGAACCCCUGAUCCUGGGCCACGUGAACCGGAUGAUGGAGAAGCUGGCGCUCGCGGCGGCGCAGAAGCAGCCGGUGGACAUUGUGGACAUGUUCAAUUUCACCCUCUUCGAUGUGGUCUGCGACCUCCAGUUCGGCGAGUCGCUUCACCUGCUGGACGACCCGACCUACCAUCCCUGGGUACGCAGCCAUCUGGGUGUCAUCCGCAGCGCCUCGCUGCUGGCCUCGCUGAUUGACUUCCCUAUCCUCCGCAUCCUCUUCAACCUGACGCUGCCCCGGCUGGUCAAGACUGAGCGCGAGAGCUACUUCCAGAUGUUGAAUGCGCGUCUGGACCACCGCCUAUCCGCCGGUGUGAAGCGGCCCGACCUCGUGCACUUCGUCAUGGAAGCCCGGACCGAGGCCGACGGCAUCUCCGAAGGCGAGCUGCGCGCGACAGCCCCCAUCAUCAUGAUGGCGGGCAGUGAGACCAGCUCCACCGCGCUCAGUGGCUGGAUGGCCCACAUGCUCCAGCAACCGGAGAUGCUCCGCCAGGUCCAGCACGAGGUGCGGGCCAAGUACCGGUCGAGCGAGGAGAUCUCGAUGCAGACCCUCAAGGACCUGCCUCUGCUCGAUGCGUGCAUCAAGGAGGCCCUGCGUGCCUACGCCGCCGUGCCCGGCAUUCUGCCCCGUAUUGUUCCGGCCCCGGGUGCCACCAUCUCAGGAGACUGGGUCCCUGAGGGAACCCGUGUGUAUGUGACGCCCUUGGCGGCGUUUCGCUCGGCGGCCAACUUCCAUGAGCCGGAGAGGUUUGCUCCGGAGCGGUGGUUUGCCCAGCCCGAGAAGCAGUACGCGCAGGAUCAGCGCGAUGCGUGCAAGCCGUUCUCGGUGGGGACUAGGGAUUGCGUUGGUCGAGAAAUGGCCCAGUAUAUGAUGCUACUCAUUCUGUGCAAUCUGAUCUUGCACUUUGACUUCGAGACCGUGCCUGCGAAUGAGACAUGGUUCUCGGGACAACGAAUCUGGACGAUUUGGGACAAACCGGCUCUGAUGGUCAAGCUGAUUCCGGUCAGGGCCUAA